CAACGUCGUGUGGAUGUAGAAGAAGAGAUCGCUCGUUGUGCAGCUGACGAAGCCCUUCGAAACACAUUAUCAGCGAUAUCGAGCCGACUUGUUGAGCUUGUAAACGACGCAAAUCGCUUACUAUUAGACGCUGAAGGAGUGCCGUCACAAUACAGAUCAUCUGCUGAAGAGCUUAUUAAUAAGUGCAAUAAUGCAAUCGCAGUUUUACAUGACGCCCCAAAGAAUCAUCCAUCUGUGGAAGAUCUUAAUGUUGCACUUUUAUCUGCCGAAAACAUUAUUCCAAUUCUAGAAGAACGCGCUAACAACUGGGAUGAAUUUGUUCGAGUAAGGGACGAAGUGGACGGUGAAUUAAACAAAUUGAGGCAACCUCUUGAUGAAGUACUAACAAAAUCACGAAGAUCGAUCAAUGACGCAAUGAAUGACUUCGAUAGCAUAUCUGCAGAAAGGCAAAAAUCCAACAUACUCAAUGACAAAGUUCGAAUACUUCAAGAACUCUCAGAGCGUCUCGAUCCUCUGGAAAGCGCUUAUGCGGAUGUGCGGUUUAUUGAUGUCGAUGUGGAACAAACCGAUAAGCAGUAUGAAGAUGUGCUAAGUGAACUGUCAACGGAAAUCGAAGACGAGAAGCGAUUAUGUGAUUCUGUUGAUCACUUUAUUACUGAAAUGAAUUCGAUUUGCAACAUCUUGGCAGAGCAACCCACAAGGGAUUGUCUGGAGAAUAUCGAGCAAUUUCAAUUACCAGCAUUGCAAGCACAACUUUCAGUGCUACGAGAAAGACACAAUGAAGCGAAUAACACUCGCAAGCAUGUCGAUCCUGACACGUCGCGAUUGUCUGUCUUGAACGAUCGUAUGAGUUCACUUGAUGUAUCAAUGAAAGGCGCUAAAGCAUCUAUUGAAAUGAAUGAACAAGAAGAAUUGAUCGCAUUGUUGACAAUGAAAUUGUCCCAACUGACAACAGUUCCUAUUCGUGAAUUAACAGAGGAUUCAUUAGUGGACGUCGAAAAUCAACUCAACAAUCUUCGAACAGAUCACGCUGAUCAGUUGCGAAAGCAGAUCGAUCAGUUGAGAGAUUUGAAAAAGAAACAUGAUAACACCAUAGAGGAAGCGCUUGAACGCCUUACAAUGAUCGGAAAUGUAAUCGACACACUUCCAAGCUCAUACGAUAUUGAAACUCUGGAGAUGAAUCUUCAUCGCAUUCGUGAUGUUCGUAAAGCACUAGCCGAAUUAUCAUCGGAUGUGAUGGAUGAAGAGAAAAUCGCGGACAGUAUUGAAAACGCACGACAUAAAAUUGAUGAUUUAACGAAACGUAAUGAAGACGAUUUACAAAAAUUGUUACGUGAACGAGAUCUACGUAAUGAGACUAUCGAUUUAUUGGAUCAACUUGAAAAAGAUGUUUCAUAUUUGGAAGACGCACAACCGUUUUCCGUCACCUCAUCAAAUGAAUUGGUUGAUUUUAAAGAAGCAAAUAUACCAGGUUUAUUAGCGAAACUCGAUGCAAUCACUGAUGUUGUUAUCGAUUUAUUGCCGAAAAGGAAUGAUCUCUCGAAUCGAAUCGAAAGGAUUAGUCGAAUGUUAGACGAUCAGUUAGAUGAGAUGAUGAGAUUUGAGGAGAAGACGAUCAAAUUGCAAGAUAUUAUUAACGACUGUAAUGAUAAGUUGAAAAAUCGCAGUGAAGUACCGAUUCCAAUUGAGAAUAUCAUCAAAGAUGUUGAAGAUUUGUCAACAAUGCUAGCAACAAUUGACGCAAUUCCACAAGAAGAUCUUUCACGAAGAAAUCAACUGGCUCGUGACAUGAACAACGUUAAGGAGAAAGUGAAGGAGCAGCUGUCAACGUUACAAAGAACGUUAACUGAUGAGGAAAAUGCACGUGAAAGACAAAACGAGCUUCGAAAUAGGAUUUUGGCUGUUGGCGAUGGUCUACGUAGUGUUGACGUCGAAAAUCUGGAAAGUGCUCAAAAACUUGUUGAUUCACUUGAUGUUGAGCUGCAAGAAUUACGUGGAAUUGCUGAUAGUUGUCAGGAUUUUGCCAUGAGUUUGUCGCCAAUUGCUAGCCAUGAUGAUCUUGACAAAACACUUCCCGAGCAAAUUAAAUGCCUACAAAAGGAGUGUGAUGAAAAGAAGAAGGAUAUUGAACAGUUAAUACGACUGAAUAUGGUUACACCUGAAAUCCUUCAAAUAUCUGAAAGUGUACAACAACAAUCUGAUGAGAUGCCGCAUAACUUAAGCGAGCAACAAGCUGUGCUUGUCGAUCUUGAAAGUAAGAAGCAACGUCUCGAAGAUCUCUUGCAAACGAUUCCCGAUGGUGAUGCCAGCGAAGAAUUACGUCAGAGAAGUGCAUGGGAUUUAUCGAAAUUAAAGGAUCUGUUAAGAAAGCUUGGUGAUUCUGUUGGUGACAAGAUUGCAGCAUUAUCUGCUUUCAAUGCGGCUCGCAAGGAUACCGAAGAUCAACUGCUUCUCAUUACAAGCCCAGAAUCGACUGAGAAAACACCUGAGGAACUGAAAAAAGACGAAGAUGUACUAUGUCGACUACAGCAACGUAUUUCGGAGUUUGAUGGGUGUGCUCUAGAUGGCGAUCAACGGAAUGAGCAUGCUCAAUUACUUGAUCGUCUCAAUAAGACGCUUGCUGCUGUAAAGGUGUGA